CACAACCGGAUGAACAAGUGAAACGGUUUGAACUGUGAAUUCCGAUACCGCGGAAGCAACGCCGAUGAGCGACGACGCGCGCCCGCGGCAUGACCAGCAGCGUGGUCUCCGCGGCCGCCUCGCCGGCCUCUUCUCCUCGCCGCCCUCGCAGUCACCAAACCACCAGUCCAGCGAACAGGUCGCGAAUCUGAUGGAAGAGCUCGGGAGGCAGAGGGAUCUCAAGGAGACGUACAAGGCGCGGCUGGAGAGCACGCAGGGGUACCUCCGGUUCUGCCUCGAGGUCGCCCAGGAGCACGGCUUCCUGUACCUCAUAUCCGACAGCGCUCAGCAGCAGCACUCGCCGCACCGCGACGCCGAUGCCGAACCCGGGACGCCGGCCGCCGUCGACGAAGACGAGCCAGCGGAUCCAUACCUGGUCGCCACGCGCGAUCUCGCCGUGCGGCACGGCUGGUCCGUCGCGCCGGACGAGAUCGAGCUGCACGAGGUGAUAGGCCGGGGCACGACGGCGGACAUCCACCGGGCGACGUGGCGGGGACUCGAGGUGGCGGUGAAGUGGGUGCGGCCGGAGCUCUUCGCCUCCAACCCGAGCGCCGAGGCCUUCUUCGCGCAGGAGGCCGACCUGCUGUCGCGGCAGCGGCACCCGCACGUGCUGCGCCUGAUGGGCGCGUGCCUGCGCCCGCUGGGGAGCUGCUUCCUGGUGACCGAGCUGCUGAGCGGGGCGACGCUCGGGGAGUGGCUGCACGGGGGCAGGGAGCGGCGGCCGCGGGCGUCGUCAUCCUCCUCGCCGCCGCCACCGCCGCUGGUGGACAGGGUGAGCAGGGCGCUGGAAGUCGCGCUGGCCAUGCGGCACCUCCACGAGCAGACGCCCAGGGUCGUGCACCGCGACCUCAAGCCCAGCAACGUUCUCCUGGAUGCUGAGCUGCGCGCGCGGGUCACGGACUUCGGCCAUGCCAGGUUCUUGCCGGACGGCAAGGAGGCGCUCACCGGCGAAACAGGCAAGAGAUCACAGUGUGCCAUGUGCAUGAACCAAAGUUGUAAUCGAUGAAACUUUUUUGUUUGGCUUUUAUUUGUUUUGUUUUUUUUGAAAAUUUUCGACAUAUAUUCAGGGACUUAUGUGUACAUGGCGCCUGAAGUGAUUCGCUGCGAACCCUACACUGAGAAAUGCGACGUCUACAGCUUCGGCGUCGUACUGAAUGAACUGAUAACCGCAGAACAUCCGUACAUUGAUACAAGCUACGGGCCUAGUAAGAUUGCGCUAGGAGUAGCAGACGGAAAAUUAAGACCAAAACUCCCAGACAGUGAUGCAUAUCCUACUGGCCUGAUUGAUCUCAUCUGCCGAACCUGGGAUGCAGAACCUUCAAGCCGGCCUUCGUUUGCCACCAUAACUUCGGCACUUCGUGAAAUAAGACAGCAAAUUGUGCAACACGAAGAACAAAACCAAAAUUCCAAUUACACAUAGCCUUAUAGGCUUAUUUGCAAGAGGGGGAAUUGUAAGAAGUGUAAUGUAUGGUACUACUAUCCGUGCUCCAUUCCCCUAAGUUUUCACCUGUCGGUUGGAUUCCUUGAAUAGUUCUGAAUUUCUGAUUUCUGGCAGCGCACGAAAUUUCUUUGCAAAUUGUACAUAGCAGUAA